AUGGAUCUGAACGAGCUCCCGCCAGAUUUUGAUUAUGAUUUUCUAGAUGAGUCAGAAGCAAAUCCUUCCAACAAUGAAGGUCCUAAUGGUGAUGGUAUUGGUGCUAUUGGCAACAAUAUAGCUGUAGAUGCACCUACAAUGGAUGUCAGCAACGAUGAAGGUCCUAAUGGUGAUGAUAUAGGUGCUGUUGGCAACAAUAUAACUGAAGAUGCACCUACAAUGGUUGAUAACACCCAAGAUGUGGCUGUUGCGGAGGAUAUUUGGUCCACACUUCCUGUGCCGUACACUGGGCAGACAUUUGGCACUAAGCAGGAGGCAAGAGCGUUUUACAACUCAUAUGCAAGAAGAAUUGGGUUCUCAGUUCGUACAGGCACUUCGCGGCUAUCUGGUCCAGCAAGAGAGCAAAAGAAGGUGAUGUUUGUUUGUAACAAGGAAGGGCAUGGUAGAAAGGGGAAAGAGGAAGUACCUCCUGCUGAAUCUGAUGAUAGCAAUUAUGAGAUUGGAGAAUCUGAAACUGAGAAUAACAAUGAGGGAAAGGGCAAUGCAGACAUUGAUAAAAAGAAGCAGCUGGAUGGUGGGAGGAAAAGAAAGAGGGAAAAAAUGUUGCAUACAGAUUGCAAAGCAAGAAUGGUUGUUAAGAUGAUUGGUGAUAGGUGGCAUGUGAUCUAUUUUGCUCCAGAUCACAACCAUGACCUUGUUGUAAAACCUUCCCUGAAGAAGUUCAUGAGAUCUCACAAAGGCAUCCCUAGGGAGAAAAAGGAAUUUAUUGCCUUGUUGCAUGGUUGCAAUUUAAGCACUGGGCGCAUCAUGCAACUUAUGAACGAGUUCUAUGGGUCUGCGCAGCUAGUUCCAUACGAAGGGAAGGAUGUUGGAAACUUUCACUCCACCAUUCGGAAAACAGAAAAGUAUCGGGACAUACAGGAGAUGCUGGACUACUUUAAAGAACUAGAGAAAGAAGAUCCUAAGUUUUUCUACAAGAUUAGGCUUGAUGGACCUGUUUUGGCUGCAAAUGCUAAGCUGGAAGAUGACUUCAAAGAGUGCUCAAACCACACAGUGAAUCCUGCUGAACUUGAAGCAAAAUGGGCAGCAAUGAUAGAAAAAUUCUCUAAAGAGUUUGAGAAGACAGCUGAAUAUGACGUGAGAUCGGGAAGUGAAUUCCAAUACUAUCUGGUGCCCAACAACAACUUUGUUUAUGGAUACGGAAAAAGAACAUAUCUUGUGACAGCGAUUGAGGAUGAGGGCAGCUAUUACUGUGAGUGUAGCAAGUAUGAUAGGGAUGGGAUAAUAUGCUGUCACAUUAUGAAGAUAAUGACAAGACUUGGUGUAAAGGCAAUACCUGAUCGCUACAUAUUGAAAAGGUGGACACAAGAAACAUGUGAUGCAACUGAAACUGCUGAUCCUAGUGCGCAUGUGGAAGCUGACUAUAUAGCCCGUGGUAUGCCACUUAGCAAUAGGAAGACCUUGUGGUUCACCAAUCUGUCUACUACGUUUGCAAGGUUGCCUGCUAAAGGGUGUGAAUCUAGAGAAACUUAUACUCUUGUCGAUAUUCAUAUCAAGGAGAUGCGCUCUGCACUUGAUGAAAUUAAGAGAAGAAAAAGACCAAGUGCACACAGGGGGUGCGCAACAACUCAGCCCCCUAAAGCAGCUGAUGUUGCUAUUUCUGCAACUGAAAAUGCGACAGGGAUACAACCUACUUCUGCUGUUGCUAAUGAAAACAUUGUUGCAACUACAGGACUUUUGCCAGCAUUACCAUUAGAAGUUGGUGAUGGCGGUGGGUCUCCUGGCAUUCCUACUGCUGCUGCAAUGUCAGACCCUGUCGGCAACCCACCAAGGUCAAAGGUGAAGGGGCGUAAGAAGGAGAAAAGGCUAAAAAAAGGUAUGAAUGAAGAGGCAAAGAAGAAGAACAAGUGUGGGAUCUGCAAGUCCAGUGGUUGUAGAAAAGCUUGUUGA